AUGCCACAACCAAAACCACCCUUACAACCCGCCAACGCCCCUCUCCUUCCAGAGGGCAGUGGCCAACAACCUUCCAACGGUCGAGGGGACUAUGGCACAUCCACCCCAACCCCUUCAUCCAACUCUACUACUACUGCCACACCUUCCACCUCAAAAGAUACCUCCACCGCCAACACCAACCCCAACAAGGACACUUCCAAACCAUCCGCAGCGAGUUCAAAAAACAGAUGGAGCCGAUACGCAAAAUACAUCUAUACUGAAGAAGGCGCAGAAGAGAGUCCGGAGGCCCACGCAUCGAUCUGGUCAUUGAUGUUUGUCACCUGGUUGACCCCCAUCUUCCGACGUGGGUACGAUCAUACCCUCCAAGAAGAGGACCUUUUUGCGAUUGUGCCUGAACGGAAAACAGAGCUCCAGGGGCCGCGGUUGGAGAGGCUCUGGAAGGAGGAGCAGGAGAGGGUUAGGAAGAGAGGAAAGGGAGAGACACCUUCGUUGAUAAGGGCUUUGUUCUGGUUCCUUUUGCCGACUUACUGGUCGGGAAUUGUGUCCUUGCUUACUUUUGAUGCAUUGGCCAAGGUGAUCCCCUUCUUCCUCCUUUGGGUGAUCCAAUACUUGAAGGACAAUCAGUCUGACGAGACACCAAAACCCUCAGCAUGGUAUGGUUACGGCCUGGCGAUCUCAUACCUCAUCGUCUGUCUUGCUCAAAUAGCCCUGACCCAACUCUGGGUCCGCUCCGUCGUCGGUUCAGGAACCCUGUGCCGUAGCGCGCUCGUCGAUCUCAUCUUCCAAAAAUCUACCAGGAUUUCGUCAAAGGACCGACUUGAUUACCCAGACGGGACCAUCUUCAACAUCAUAUCCAGCGACGCGACCCGUGUCGACUUUUGUCUCGAGGGACUAGGUCUCCUGUACACUGUUCCCAUGACGGUUGUGGUGACUGUGGGGUUGUUGGUGUAUUGGAUGGGCCCCUCGGCUCUUGUUGGAGCUGCGGUCUUGAUCUUUUCGAAUCCGUUGCAGACUUGGGCGAUGACGUUGUUGAACCCGAUUCGGAUCCAGGUUGCAAAAUUGACAGAUUCGAGGAUGGGCUUGGUAACGGAGAUUUUGCAGGGUAUCAAGGUCAUCAAGUUCUUUGCAUACGAGCCCAGUUUCUGGAAAAAGUUGGCGGAUAUUCGUCUUUCGGAGAUCAAAUGCAUCUCUUGGCUCCUGCAAGUCCGUGGAUUCAUCUACAGCACCUCUUCGUCGCUGCCUGUGUUCGCUAGUGCGUUGACAUUCGUGUUGUAUGCAGCCCUCGGAAACAAGCUGGAGCCAGAGAUUGUCUUUCCUUCAUUGGCGUUCUUCACAGGAUUGCGCGUUCCCUUGUUGGUCUUGCCCUACUGCUACAGUGACGCCAUGGAUGGUUAUGUCAGUACCAAGCGUAUCCAAAAGUUCCUCCUUACUGAAGAUAUUCAGCCUUUGCCACCCAUCGACAAGUCUCACGACAGCGCUCUUAGCAUCAAGGACGCGGACUUUUACUGGGAUCAGUUGCCUUCCACAACAGUUGCUGUCGCUCUAUCGGCCGAUGGGAAGCAAGGAGCAACAUCUAUAGGUUCAGAAUUAACAUCGCCUUCGACAUCACCUAGUUCGUCACGUAACUCGAUCACAGAGGACAGUGAGGCGGACGAACGACAGCCACUUUUGAGUGCCAGCAACACAGCACAGGAAUCGACUCCAAUGAUUAGGCCAUUCUUGAGGGACAUUAACCUUCAUGUUCCUCGCGGCUCUCUUGUCGCGGUUGUCGGGCCAGUUGGAAGUGGCAAGUCUUCGCUGCUGCAGGCCAUGGUCGGUAACAUGAUGAAGUCUCAAGGAGAGGUUAUUCGCGGCGCGACUAUCAGUUAUGCAUCCCAAACGCCCUGGAUCCAGAACGCCACCAUUAUGGACAACAUCCUGUUCGAUACCCCUAUGGAAGAAGAACGAUACUGGCGAGUGAUCAAGGCCUGCUCGUUAGAACAGGAUCUGACCCAGUUCACGUCCGGAGACAAGACCGAGAUUGGAGAACGCGGUGUCAACAUGUCGGGCGGCCAAAAGGCUCGUUUGUCGUUGGCCAGGAGUGUUUACUACAACGCGGAGAUGGUGAUCAUGGACGACCCGCUUUCGGCAGUGGAUGCACAUGUUGGCAGGCGAUUGUGGGAGGACUGUGUACUCCAUGAGCUGAGCAACAAGACUAGGGUUAUUGCGACACAUCAACUCCAUGUCCUGCCGGAUGUCGAUUACGUGAUCUGCAUGAAGCACGGCCGUAUCGCCGAACAGGGAACUUUCCGGGAGUUGAUUUCCCACAAGGGUGAUUUCUUCAAGUUAAUGAAGCAAUAUGGCGGUCAUCAUCACGACGAUGAUGACGAUCAUCGACCACGCAGGCGAGUUCUCAAGAGGAACAAGUCAUCGACGGGCAAGGUUGUUAUUACGUCUACUGCCGGAUCGACAGUGACGGCGACUACAACGAAAAGCGACGAUGAUUUGACGGUACUGCAAGAGUUAGAGGAAACUGUCUCGGAGGACGACAGCGAGUCGACCAAAGAGAUUCCCAAGGGCCAGAUGACGGAUGAGGAGAGGGCGAGCGGUGCAGUGUCGAGAAAGGUUUAUCGCGAGUACUUCCGCCUGGGUGGUGACUGGAACUGGGUCGUUAUCGUCUUUUUGCUCUCUGCCCAACAGGCUGCUGGUGUCGCCAUGAACGUAUGGUUGAGCUUCUGGAGUUCGGACAAAUUCGGCUGGACGGUCUGGGAGUACAUCAACGUGUAUGUGGCAACGGCUGUGAUCCAACUUCUCAUUGUUAUGCUCGGAUCCUACAUGUUGGUCUUGGCUAUCCUGAAGGGAUCUAGAAUGAUCCACGACAACGCGUUUCUCAGUGUUUUGCGUUCACCCAUGUCUUUCUUUGACACCACGCCUGCUGGGCGCAUUCUUAACAGAUUCAGCAAGGACGUGGGCACGGUGGAUAACAUGGCAGCGGUCAACUCUCUCCUGAUUACGGCGACAGGGAUCUUGAGUGUGCUCAUCCUAUCAGCGGCGUUCUUGCCCUGGAUCAUCCCUGUCAUGGUGCCCCUGUCAAUCAUGUACUACUACAUUGCCUUGUACUACCAAAUGACCAGUCGCGAGCUCAAGCGUAUAGACGCCCUUGUCCGAUCGCACCUGUUCUCGUACUUUUCUGAAACUCUGAACGGUAUGGGCACUCUCAAGGCCUACCACCCUCAUGGAAUCGACUGUGCGAUUGAACGGAACCGGGUCAACAUGGAUCGAUCGCAUCAUGUGUACUAUAUUCAGAUCCUGGGCACGAAAUGGAUCGGGGCUCGUGUAUUUGUGGUCGGCCAUGUGUUGAACUUUGUGGCGCUGGUCUUGAUUAUCUGGGCGCGUGAUGAUAUUGACCCGGCGACUGCGGGGUUGAUCCUGAGUUAUUUGGCGCGUUUGGCCUCAGAGAUGAGUUGGGCGAUUCAGUGUGCGGCUGAUCUGGAGAACAACAUGACUUCGGCUGAGAGGCUGUUUUAUUACACCAACUCGUUGGAGCAGGAACCACCCGCCGAGAUUCUGGAUCGCAAGCCUGUUGCGAGUUGGCCUCAGCAAGGACAUAUCUCAUUUCAAGAAGUAUCGCUGAGGUAUCGACCUGAAUUGCCUCUGGUGUUGGACAAGAUUUCGUUCGACAUCCAGGCUGGUCACAAAGUCGGUGUUGUUGGCAGGACGGGCGCCGGCAAGUCCUCCUUGAUACAGGCCUUAUUCCUUUUGGUUCCCUUAGACCCUGGCAGCAAAAUUGUGAUGGAUGGUGUCGAGACGGAUACGAUUGGAACAGCAGAUUUGAGAUCUAGGAUGUCGAUCAUCCCUCAGGACCCCGUCCUAUUCCAAGGGACAUUCCGGUAUAAUUUGGAUCCGUUGAACAAGCAUACGGAGCAAGCGUUGUGGCGGGUGUUGGAGGCGAGUGAUUUGAAGGGGUAUGUUCAACAGCAGGAAGGUGGAUUGGAUGCGGUUGUUGCGGCCCAGGGCGAGAACUUGAGUGUUGGGCAGAGGCAGCUUGUCUGUCUUUCUCGCGCAUUGUUGUCCAAGUCCAAGGUCGUGAUUCUUGAUGAAGCGACGGCGAGUGUGGACUUGGCGACGGAUAGUUUGAUUCAGAAGGCGAUCCGGGUUGACUUUUCGGAUUCGACGGUGAUUACGAUUGCGCACCGCCUCAACACCGUGAUCGACUAUAAUCACAUUCUGGUGAUGGACAGGGGCCAGGUGGCUGAAUACGAUACUCCGCGUGAUUUACUCAAGAACCGGCAGUCGCUGUUCUCGAAGAUGGUCGAUGAGACCGGCGAGGCCAAUGCGGCCCUUCUUCGAUCUCUUGCCGGCUGUUAG